UCACUGACGCAGUGAUGAAGAUCAAGUGUCCCCACCCAAGGUCUGGUGUCAUGGCAACAACCCUUCCACCACAGCCAUGCUGAUGGUAAAAGUUCUUGUUGUGUUCUCCCCCAGAGUCUCUUUUAAAGGGCCCAAACAGGCGAUGGGUGGAAUAAUCCAUCCUCACUUUAUUCUGUCCAGCAAUUAGGCCUAUUUUCCAACACCCCAGUUUGGUUUCUUGAUUUCCAAUCCUCUGCUCCUCUUGUUUACCAGUCAUAGUCUUAACACAGUCCUUGAGUGGUACAAUUUGGCCCUUUCUGUUUAAAACAAUUGAGUCUUUCUGUCUCCACCUUUUCUUAAACAGUUCUCUAUAACAAAUCAUUGUGAUAAUUCAUGAACCUCUACCCAUUUUUCACUAGUUGAGUUUACAGUUAGGAUAAAUGUGUAGGCCCAGUUAUCACAAUAUCAACAAAGUGCAGCCUCCUCUCCGACUAGUGAAGCCUACCCCUAAGAGUUUUUUGUUUUGUUAUCGAUUCCCACCCCAUGCACACACUUUGGAGGGCCCUGCUCUGAGCUCCCAGCAAGCUAACCUGUAUUCUUGUGAUCCCACCACCUUUAGCUUCCAUAGAUCUGCUCCCCAGUCUACGCUCCGUAUUAGCUGCUGACAUUGUAGACCUCUAGUGACAAGCACCCUAUGAUUCUGCUCAUUCGUGAAGCCUUGCCGCUCCCCGAUGUGCUAUGUGGGUUGCUGUUGUCUGCCUGGAGCCUCAGAUGUCUUAUUCCUCACAGGACCACAGAAACCUGUGAUUAGCUCUGCAAGUGUUCCCCCUUCAGAGAGGCUCAAGAGGGGAUGUUCAGCAGCAAAAGUCCUUUGAGUGAAAGAUGGGAGGCUGGAUUUUAUUAAUUCAUGGUCAUUGUCCAUUGUGAUCCUUGCCUGAGAGAUCAUUCUUAUAAGCCUUACCCAUGCUCUAAAACUUCCUCCCAAAAUUAGGAAGUGGGCCAGAAAUACCAGAACAAUGAUUGUCUCUUGCCAGUAUCCCAAAGGUGUCAGAGGGUGGAUUUCUCUGUUUCCCUAGAAAGCUAUAACUCCAGGAAGCUUUCUCAGCUAGAAAACUAGCCGUCUUUUCUGGAAGAGGGUUUGAUAAAGAAAGCUUCCUGUAGUUUGACAUCUAACUCUCCAUGGAUCAUCUUGAACUGCACCACAAAAUUCAAACUACCGAGUACAGUAUGUGAAAGCAGAGGCUUUUUAGGGCAUCUCUAGAGCUUUUAUAAUCCCUGUUAGGAACUGUGGGCGACAAAGGCAUGAUUUUUGAUAGACAAUCUACCUUAUCAUGCUGUAACAUUCUCAGUGGAGUUCCCCAGGAAGUAUUGAUGGCUGCUGUGCAGCCUUUAAUGCUGUAGGAAAGGUCAAGGAGACGAUAAAAACACAAGGACAAAGGAGGCGGCCAAGCCACAGCUCAGUCCCCAAGAUUCUCCCGCUUAGGGGGCCAGAGAGAAACCUGCUAUUUUUUUAUUCUGUUUAGUUCCUGAUGAAUAUUCAUUUACAUCAGGCUCUCCAGCUCCUCUUUUCUCUUUCUUGCUUCCUUUCCUUUCUUUGUCUAAUUCCCUCUCCUUCUCUUUCCACUCUCUCCUUUGUUUCUGUCCCUUUGACCACGUUUCCACCCCCCAGAUAAUGCUCUACUUUGCCAGUCUCCAUGGGCCUGAUCUGAAAUUCAGUGAAGUCAAGAGGACUCCCAUUGACUUCACUGAGCUUUGGAUCAGACCCCCUAAGGCCUCCUUCAUUCUCCUCUCCCAGCUCUCUUCUAGAAUUGGGUACAAUUUUUCAGACAAAACUGUUUUUUUGUUUUUUGGGGGGGGGUUUGGCAGAUUCGGGUCAGCUAAAACGUUUCACCAAUUUGUGUUGAAAUGAAAAAAAAAUCAGAAAUGUCAAAAGAACCAUGUCAACAUUAUCAAAAUGAAACAUUUUGGGGGGCUAGAGUCGCAAGGGAAUUUGGCAUCAGCCACAAAAACACAGGAGAUGGAGAUGCUCCUGGUAACCUCUAGCCUAGGGAAUAGCGUACUCACCAGGGACAUGGGAGACCUGUAGAAGGACACCCACCACCUUGUUUUCCUUCUUCUCUGGCUGUUGUGAAUGUGGUCUCUCGUUUCUUUUGCUUUUAUUAAAAAUGCCCAAACCAAAAAUUUUCUGAUUUGAUUCACUGAAAAUCCUCCCCCCCGCCAAAGAAAUGGGUUGGGUUUGAACUGAACUAUUUUAUUUAUUUUUCAGAAUUGGCUGUGAACCAAACAAUCAAUUAUUCACACAGCUCUGUCCCCUUCUCCCUCUUCUCUCCAUUCCUUUCUCUACCCAUUUUUGCUCAUUCUACCUCAGGGAUAAAUGGCCGUCAGGUUGGGGGGGGGGGUUAUUAAUUUAUGCUUUUCCUAGUUGAAAAAAUAUGGCCUCCAUUCUCAUCCAAUCGACAGAACUUCUGACCCUGUACUCUGGGUACUGACCCUGCACAGCAAGCUUUACUUUAUAGGAAAGUAUGAUGGCAUUCUGCAGAAAUAGCCCCAAUACAGUUUACAUGAUAUCUGUGGGAUUGCAAGGUCUGGGGCUAUUACUGUACAAUAGUGUGAUGUAAGUGGUGAGUUCAACUCCUGGUAUGGCACUUGAAAGUAUGAUCUUUUGGCCCACAGGUAAGACAAGAUAAUGGGCUGGUAGGGGUGCAGCAUUUUGGGAUGAUCUCGGAGUGUGUGGGUGGUGCUGUGAAGUAUGAAAGGCAGGGGGGACCCUCAUCUGUUAGGUUUACCAUCGUGAAAUAGAGUGAUCAGGACCUCUUUCACUCUGCUGAGAGCAAACAGCACUCCGACCAUAAAAUAUCCUUCCCACCCUUGUCAGUGACAACUGGUUCAAAGACCAUCUGGCCAUCCACUACCAGUGCAAUCAUGUGCUGUCCCUACAUCAAUAACUCAUGUUCCAUUUAUUUAUCACCCCUGGACUCUGCACUUUAUUUAUUGCCCUGUUUUCUUAUUAGAACUGUGAUGACCUUAGCAGGAUUUGCCUGCCGUUUUCAGGACCGCCGCAUUCCAGAUGAAUUGACAGCUGAUUAAUUUCUAGUUCCCUUUGUCUGGGAAGUUGAUUGAAGUGACAUUGUCUGAUGGCCCCCCGGGAAAUGCUCAGAAUGGUAGAAAAGGACAUUGAGGCAGAAAAAAGUACGAGGUGCUUGAAGCCAGCAGUCACUAUUCAAACACACAUAACAGGAAUAAAACGCUGUAUAAAGAGAGCCACAGAAUCAGCAAACGCUUUAACUGAGCAAAGUAAAACUGCACCAAGAUCUCGCUCCAUGGAGGGAUCAACUGGCAAGCUACACAUCGAAAAUGAAUCAAGUUCUCCUGGACCAUCAGCUGCAGACAUGGACAGACUGGGGUCCACUAAAGAAGAAACUGCAGACAUUAACAGACUGGAGUCCACUAAAGAAGAAGCUGUAGACAAGGAUUGUCCAGGCUCCUCUUCACCAUCAGCCACAGAACUGAGCAAUCCAGAUGCCUCUAAGCCACCAGCUUCAGAAAUGAACUGUCCAAACUCAAGUAAGCCUCCAGUGACAGUAAUGGACUCUCCAGACUCCUGUAAAGUAUUAGUUUCAGAAAUGGACCACCGACGUUCAUCCAAAGCAUCAAUGGCAGAUAUGGACUGCCUCAUCUGCUUCAACAGGUAUCACAUUUACAGGAGACCUAAGCUCCUGGCUUGCCAACAUGCCUUCUGUGAAGUCUGCCUCAAGCUCAUCCUUCAGAACGAGGACAAUACCUGGAUGAUCACCUGCCCUCUGUGCAGAAAACCCACUGUUGUGUUUGGAGGGCUUAUCCGCACCCUUCUUGAUAAAGAAGAUAUCGUAGGCCGUUUGGAAAGCCCUUGUCCAAAUGCUGAGAUACACCUGUCUCCUGAAGGGCUACAGGGCACUGGUGGAACUCAAUCCAGCCAUGCCACUGUCUGUGAAAACCAGGACAUUCCCAGUAUCAAUCAAACAGCUGUCCAAAGACUUGUGUUGCUCUUGCUGCUUGUGGUGAUCCUGAUCAUCCUCGUACUCCCAUUUGUGUACACUGGACUGAUUAAGUGGGUCCUCUGCCUUGUGCUUAUAUUAGGGUUGAUCAUGUCUUUGGUGCUUUGCUGCAACCCUAACUUCAAUUGCAGCUCUUUGGGGAUUUCACUUCCCUUCUUCCACAAGAAAGAGAGCCACGUUAUAUCCAUUGCCUGAAAACUGGCGUGUAUUAUAGAGACAGCGGACUGGCGUUAUUUGCAAGUUGCCAAACGGGAAACAAUGGCUGAUCAUUACAAUAUAGAUCUUUAGGAACCACUGUUCUUAGAAUAAAUUCAAAACACAUCCUUAAAGUAUCCCGGUAAGAAGUAGCCACAACACACAAUAUUGCUUAAUUUUAUUAUCUGACCUAGUGAAAUAUUUGUAUUUAAUAUUUUUGAUAUGUGAGAUACAAUUAGUAAGGAUUUUCCUUGUUUGGGUUUGGUUUUGUUCUGGCGUAUUGCAUUUUGACUUGUACUGCAGAAUGUUUAUUAUAUGAAAUGCUUAUCAGCUGGCUUCCUGGGAAGACCAGUAAAACAUCUGCCAGUGUGUUUGUAGAUACCCUUCUUAGCUUGUGUAUAUUUGUUCUUGGUAGAGAGGCUUGGGAUAAAGUUAAAAACAACCAUAAAGACAAUGCUCUUGGUGGGCACAUUGAAUCUGCUUUUUAAGUAGGGUUUCUGGUAUGUAGAAUUUCUCCAUAGCCUUGAUGGAGACUCUCCUGUGUUCUUUACCAAGCAAAUGGUUCCACUUACUUGAACAAAGAACACUAACCCGAAUAAGACUAUUUCUCACUAUUCAGUCUUAUGCCUGCCCCACCUCUGUUCUUGCCCUCUUCGCAUAAAGCCUAGAGUAUGACAUUGUAUUCUAAGAUGUGUGGUUCCUUAUGCAGGGAUCAAAGAGAAGGAACUUGUUAAUCACUAAAACACACCUUGUGGUACUUCUGUAUGCAAUGUGUCCAUUAAAGUUUAAUAAA